UUCCUCAGUUGAAUCGGGACGAAGAUUUGGCACCACGCCGAUUGACUCAACAACGGACAGAACGUUACAGCUCCGAGAUCGAACAGAACUUGCGCCAAUGGCUCGUAAACCACUCACGUCGCGUCCUCUUGACCUAGUGUACUUCGCUUUCUUUGUGACACACAUAUUCGCGUCACUAUUCAUGGAUUUUCAACCCUUAUACCCCUCAGCCCUCGUUCCUGGUCCAGUUCGUCAAUUCGCAGAGUGGUACAUCAAGACCUCCGGUGACCCUCUCAUGAAAGUAAUGUUUGGUUCCGAAUCAUUGGUCUGGUUCAAGAGCUUCAUCUUUCUCGAAGUAACGUUUCAAUUCCCGACAUUCUUCAUCGCUGCAAGGAGCCUCUGGAACGAUUCUAAGAACAACUGCGUGCUCAUGCUUGUCUACGCGGCCUCGACCACAACGACUGUUUGGCCCUGUGUCACGACAAUCCUGGCGACUCCAGGCCCCUCGGCGGCAGCUCUCGCAGCUGGCGUCACCACUCUUACCUUCGAACAGCGGACGAUGCUUCUCUCGAGCUACGUGCCCUUCCUGCUGGUUCCUUUGGUAAUGACCGUAGACAUGGCUUUGCGCCUGCAACGGUUGUCAUCAGAAGCUAUCGCGACACGGGAAGCUAUGAAGGCGAAAUAGACUUUGCGGUGUCUGUUCUAUUACUUUGGGGCCAUACAUUACUACGACAUAAAUGCGCCAAAAAAGCUUUCCAGAGCAACCGCGUCUUGCAGCGGAGCGACCAAGCCCACGUAACCGUCCGGUCGAACACAAACAAUAGCCCCCGCGAUGGGAUCUAUGCCAAAUUCGGAGUAGACAGUGCCGCCCUGCGUGCCCCGCAAGUCCGGCCUGUCGAUGAAGACCCUGUGUCCAGUCGGCUAGAUGUCUCGAGCUACAGAUGAGCACGCACUUGGUCCAAUGGGGUCUGAGAACAGCGGGCAGAUCCAUGAAUGUAAACCAGCGGGUGCGGAAGACGAUAGAAUUGACAUCAUGUCGACUCUCUCGCGGUAUCGAUUAAAGAGAGCUUCAAGUUGGGGGGCGACCUUGUCUAAAAGUUCUCCGUCUCCCCCGAAUACUAUGGUCUUGAAUAGAGUGUCGGACGGCAGCAUGUCCUGCAGCUGUACUGGUCUGGAAUCCGCUGCUCGAAGCAACAUCUGCGGAGGCAUACGUUGGCCAACCACGACGUUCUUAGCACAUUCCUGUCUGGUAACGUCCACAAUCGUCGAUCCGCCGUAAUGAAUUCCGAUACCACUCGUAAAUCCGCCAAAUUUCUGGAAAAUCUUGAGAAAUUCUUCGUGGGAGACACCGUCUUGGUUUUCCUCCGUGCGCGGCUUGCCAGAGAAGAGCUGAGCAAAUUGGAUUCGAAGAUUGAAUUGAUGAGGUCCUGAGCGUAUGAUCUUCUUUCGAAUUCGUACUGAUCAUGAGGGCGAAGCACGGAGAUGGAGAUGGGAGUGCGUACUGUCUUCAACAGGGACAAACGGCCAGCCGCGGAGGACGUAGACAAGCUUCCAAGCUGUCGUGCUGGUGAGCACUGAGUUGCAUGGGUAAUAGAUCAAACGGACCGAGAUUGUGCGUGUCAUUCAUGCUC